UUAUCCUCUAAACAACUCAACAGAUAAACCGUUUCUUAACUUCUGCACAAACUCGACAUAACUGGGUAUAACUAACAGCCCGUGGGCUUUGUGUGUCUCCAAACACACACACAUACACAGGAAAAAGGGAGCUGAACGGUCACGUGACCACGCAGUUCAAGAUGGAGACCGAGCGAUUUGGAGGCUUCGCUGUUAGCUAGUUAGCUUGUUUACUAUAAGUCACAAUAUGGCAAAUACGGCGGGAUACUGGAGGUUUUAACGCUAAUUGCAAGAGUCAUUACCUAACCUGAGGCGUGUAUGUGGCAGCUUUUGAUCACAAUGAAGUAAAGUUGUUUGUAAACAAAGGCCACCUGAAGAAUAUUGAAGAUAAGAGGAGGAGAAAACUGUCAAUGGUCAUCACUGCAACAAACUCAUUUUGACAGAGAGGAGAUCGAUAUGGCGUUGAGAGAGUUAAAAGUGUGUCUCCUGGGGGAUACUGGCGUUGGAAAGUCGAGUAUUGUUUGGAGAUUUGUAGAGGACAGCUUUGACCCAAACAUCAAUCCAACAAUUGGGGCAUCCUUCAUGACCAAGACAGUGCAAUACCAAAAUGAACUACACAAGUUCCUGAUCUGGGACACAGCAGGACAGGAGCGGUUUCGUGCUCUGGCACCGAUGUACUACAGAGGUUCAGCAGCGGCCAUCAUUGUUUAUGACAUCACAAAAGAGGAGUCUUUUCAAACGCUGAAGAACUGGGUAAAGGAGCUGAGGCAGCAUGGUCCUCCUAACAUAGUGGUUGCCAUUGCUGGCAACAAAUGCGACCUGUCAGAUGCAAGGGAAGUAUCAGAGAAGGAUGCCAAGGACUAUGCUGACUCCAUCCAUGCCAUCUUUGUAGAAACCAGCGCCAAGAACGCCAUUAACAUCAAUGAGGUGUUUAUAGAGAUAAGUAAGCGCAUCCCCGUUGCAGACGCAGCAGGAGGAACUUCAGGAAAAGGUUUCAAACUGGGACGUCAGGCCUCAGAGUCUCGUAGGACGUGCUGCUGAUGAUGCUGGUGACUGUACCCACAUGACUUGUGACCUGGCCUUAGCUUACCCUCUGUGCUCCUGGCCUUCUUCAGCUUACUCUACAUGCUCUCAAACACCCCGCCGCCACCGACACGGGUACAGCAGUGUCACUCUGAUGAUAGUAGCAAAUGCAUUUUUUACCGCACAUAGCAACAGCAAGCCAUCAUGUAUAAUCUGAAAAUUGCUGGCAGGAGAAAUAUUUCUUGUUUACUGAGCAUUGACAGAAAUGCUUGCAUAAAUACAUUCAUCUGUCAGUGAAAGACCCCACACGUGCAAUUUCUUUGGCUUCUAUAAUGGACAGCAGUCUCUGUCUGGUGUAUUAUAGCUCUAGGUUGAUCAGAGGAACAAGCUUCAGAUCUGUUAUCUUUCAACCAAAAAUGGAAUGAAAAUUCUUAAAUCUCUCCAAAAUAUUUUGAUAAUACUUAAGUUAUUGCCUUUUGUUUUUUGGGAGAUCUCUCCCCAAAACAUUCUCAACUUCAUGAAGUAUCCAUUUUUAUAGUUAAUGUGUGUAACCACUAAUUUAUCGUACGUUUCUGAUGAAAGAGAUUAACAGUGUUUGUAUCAAUCUCCCACCUCAAUGUUUGCUUGAAGGAUAAACUCAAGAAGGAUGGUGCACACUUUACAUUUAAAUCUUACUGUGUGAUUGCUAGUUUCAUCAAGGCAAAGUAGCAAAUGGGCGUUUUGACGUAAACCACGAUGACACAGUCAAAUAUGCAGAAAUGAAAGGUGUGUGAGAGCCUGUUUCCUUUAUAGCAAAGGAGUAGUUCAGCAUUUUGGGACACUAAUGUGUGUUCUUGACAAGAGAUGAGAAGAUUGAUACCUCUCUUGUGCGUGUACGGUAAAUAUGACGCUGGAGCCAGCAGCUGGUUAGCAUAGCUCAACAUGAAGACAAAGCUGACCUAGCUGUCUCCCACUCUUUCCUGUCUUUAUGUUAAACUAAGCUAACCAGCUGGUGGCUAUUGCCUUAAACUUAAUGGCCAGGUAAGAGAGUGGUUUUGUUCUUCUCAUCUAACUCUCUACCACAAAUCGAAACGAGAAGGACCUCGCAGUCCAGUUCUCACAAUGACAGUGCUUUAAUCAGGGCAGAAAAUGCUGACUCUGCUGGUAGUGUUGAAGUUGAUUAUAUGAAAACAGUUGCAGCUGCUCAUAUGUGUUGCACAUUUCCACUUGUAAUUGCUGAAGAUCUAUGAAUAGACUUGUGUAUUUGAAGUACCCCGUAGUACAUGAAGGAUCCUGCCAGUUGUUUCCAAAUAUUACUUGAGCUUUAUUUUUCUCAAAUCUCAUUUUAACUGCUCACUGGCGAGCCUGCAUGUCUUCUGUCCUUUGCUGCUACUUAACAGCAGUUUUACAGGAGAAGCCAAUCUUUGUGAGGUUUUGCCAGAUUCUUUAAUUGUUCCAUAAAUAUUUUCGUCUUUCCUUUUUUUUUCCUCACAUAAUCAGCACUGGCUCACACAUCCAAAGUUGUUUUACUACUUGGCUUGUGAUAAAAACAGUGAGAUCUGGAAACUAGACCUCGUUCAGAGGAAUCUCAGAUUUUAGAGCUUAAAUCUCCCUUCAGCAGAAGGUUAAAGGUGGAGAAUCAGACAUGGCGCUGUGUUGACAUGCUGACCCCUUAAUGAACUUUUAUUUCCAUUCUGCUCUGAAUGAUUGUAUUUGCUUUUUCCCAAGGUCUGCGUUCUGACUUUCCUUUCUCUCACUUCUUCUGUGUUGUUUCUCUAAACUCCAGACUCUUACUGUAAGGCCAGAUUUCAGUUAUGGUACAAUACAUAUACAGCUUUCAUGGAGCUAUCAUCACCUCUUCCAUUCACAAAAAAAGUGUGUGUGUGUGUGUGUGUGUGUGUGUGUAUAUAUAUAUAUAUAUAUAUAUAUAUAUAUAUAUAUAUAUAUAUAUAUAUACUCUAAUUCACCUCAUAUAUUGGCUUAAAUGAACUUUAGUAGCAGUUGACCCAUGAGCCUAAACCGACUUAAUCAUUCUGUGUAAUUUCAUGCUUGUCUGUAUCUCCUGAGCCCCUUUAGCCCUAAAACCUCUUUGCAAAGUUGCCAAAAACUACAGAUGUGGGUUUUAUUAGACAUGCAUCUGCACAUGUAUAAAUAUGAAUUUUGUGCUUUUCUGUCAGUGCAAGCAACUUUAUUUGCCUUUAAGCAUCCUAAAUGUAGCUAUUAUUGACGAAUUCUGUGCUAAGCAGCGCUGCCUAUGUUUCAGGAUUUUUUCCUAUGGAGUGCAAUAGAUUAUUAUUGUGACAAGGGUGAAAUGUGACCUAAUCCAAGAAAUCAGUCACAGAGUGAUACAUUCACACAGCAGAGAAUACACUUGUGAAAACAGUCUCCAACAGAUGAUAAUGACAGGUUUAUACUGACCUCAUGUUACACUUAGUUGAUGACAGUUUAGCUCACGCAUAGUUGAUCAAAUGAGCAGUGUGAUAGGGCCAACCAGAUCCCUUGGGGGAAAAAAAAGAGUGGUAUUUUAGGUCAAAAACUAAAACAGUUAAUUCACACUGCUGUCUUUGGUAAUUCACACAGCACUACAUCAUAACACCAGCUCUAGCUUGUAUUUACUAAAGCUUCAGCAAUCAUAUUAAAAAGGGAAUCACUCUGGUACUUUGAAAGCUGCACUUUUGACUGACUUUGUAUUAAUUGGCUCUCAUUACUAACACACACACUCUGUCUGCAGUCUGUUAAUAUGUCUGUGAAAUCAGUUGAUGAAACAUUCUUGUAAAGGUGUCAAACUUUCUUAAUGUCCCGUGAUGUUAUUUUAGGUUUUGACUGUUUGCUCAGUUCUUACUGCCACGAAGAACAUGGCGCCAAAUAAUGUCAAAACCAUUUUACUACGUCACGCAUAAUUAACCAUUUUUUAUUGUUGUUAUUAUUAUUAUUGUAAUAUAAUGGUUUAAAGUACUAAUCCUAUAAAAUGCUUAAAACUAUUUGAAGUUUGGUAAUGAUGACACAUGUUUUUCCCUUAUUUGGAAACAGGAGGCAUGGAUAGUGUGUGCCAGUUUUGCAUUGAAAAAUACCAUUAGUCUUGGGCUGGCCCUGGGAAUGCGAUUAAUCUAUAUUAUGUAUAUUUUUCAGUGUAGAUAAAUACCAUCAACUUGCACACAAAUCAAUGACUAUAUUCUAUUCUAAGCCAGUUUUGUGACCACAGUAGACUUGUUCACCAUUUGCAGUAAUACCAUCAGCACUGUAGUUACCAUAUUUAGCUUUUUACUAUGUUUCAUAUUGAUUGUAACAAAAUGCCUGAAAACACUUGGUUGCAGUGUAUUUCAAAAUGUGUAAAAAGGGAAUUGUCAAUUGUUUACUAAUAAAAGA